GGGCGAUGACUGUUCGCUGCAUGAGUUGGGAUUCGUCAUGCGGAGCCCAAAGUUUGGCCAACGCAACCACUCGUAGACUCACACAGCGUCGUUGGGCUUCUGCUGUUGACUCACAUGGCCUGCUCCCGCUCUCCCACCCACGUAUAUAAAGAGAGCACCCCGGCCCCGGCAUGAGUAUCACCCCAUCCUCGAGCAGGAUCACUACUGCUCGGCUCUGCUUUGGCGGCGAGGUGUCGAUUUCUGCUGUUCUUCUGCUGUUCUUGCUCUUGUCUCCUCUCCUCCGUCUUGCCUUCUGAUACCCUUCUCUCCCCCAACGGACCUGAAGUUCUUCCAAUAUUGCUUAUUUCACGACACCAGUACGCAACAAACAAGCAACCAUGGGCGCUCGACACAACCGUAAGCGCACGAGGUCACGGCCUCGGAACCGCCUGCCAGCCAGCACGCUUCACAGAGAACGAUCACUCAGCAUCAGCUCGUCCCCGUCGAUCUGUUCGGACUCGUCCGUGCCAGUGCUGCCUUUUCAGCGCUCUGCCGCUCAUUGGCAGCCACAGUGGGAUCACUGGAAUGAUCGAUCCCUGCAUCAAGCAAUUCAAAAGCAGCAGCGCGAGCACAACGAAGCCAUGGCCGCCGAGGCGCAGCGAUUGCGCAUCUUUGGCGGCGAAGCCGGCGACGAAGUAAGCCUCUGCGCUCCUAUGCUCCAGGUUGUCAUGGGUCUCUUCGGCGGUCUCGACUACGAGGAUCCGUGAGUCGUUUCCGCGCGCGCGCGAACAGCAGAGCUAGAUGCUUCAACCCCCUUUUCAUUCACGGUCUCGGGAACAGAUUGCACGCUACGACAUCUCUCUGCUCAGGUCCCCCUUUGUACCCAACCCCCUCCCUUUCUCUUCUCAUCCGUCAUAGUCACUUGCCAUUACAACGUCUUCUUUUUUGUGUGGUUAGACUCAUGACUUGUUCGCUAGCAGGUCGAUUCGAUCUCGCGAAUACGCGCAAUUCAUGGACCCCAGGCAUACGCAAUGAGAUGAAUGUCUUCAAAUAGCUUGCACACCGGGACGCUUUUCUCGCAUCUGUCUCUGCGGUCCAUAUUCAACAAUGAACCUCCAGGUUCUAUAACUUAACAAGCUCUCUUCGUCGAUGAGACAUGGCUCGUAGUCCCAAAACGACCUGUCUUCCCCAUCGUGCCACACCACUCGAAGGCAUGGUUCAACCAAGCAUGACGGCUCGCAGCAGGCUUGUGGCCUGAUCGUGGAUCAGGGUUGAUCCAACAGAUCGUGGUCUCAAGUUGGCCCUAUUACAAAUGCUGAACCUAGCUACUUCGAGGCCCUCACAUGUCCAGACAGGGCGGUAGGAUGCCUGAUGCAUUUCGCGCGGAGACACUCUACGCGGGCAAGACGGCGGAUCGGGAUUAGACCUAGAAUACCGCCAGCGAUCGUAUCGAGCUCGUCGUUCUGGGGUCGGCUUGAUGCUCGUUUCGUACGGUGACUCGCUGAUGUGCCUUUCGCUGGAGAUAGAGCCCAUUGGCUUACUCGCGAUUGGCUUGUCGCGCGGGCGACGUGCUGAUGGCUUGAGCGUCGCUGCCUAGAACGGUGUCUGCGCGGUACGAAGAUGACUCAGAAUAGAACAUGUGAGGAUGGUGUGGAGGUUGCAUGGGGAGCAGACCAUGUUCUUUUUUCAACCGCGGCCGAACCCAGAGUCGGCUCGCAAUUGAGCACGUUGUGCGAUGAUGAUAAGAUCACGCACACCUUUUUGUUAGUUUUUUUUUUGUUUUCCGUACAUCGAGCAAUGUUUUGGAAUAGAACAAUUUACUGCGCAUCACGACCAA